AUGAUUUCAUCGGCUGCCGUUCUUCUUCAGAAGGAACUGAAGGAUUUAUCAAAGAAUCAACCCUGUUUCUACAUUCAGCUUCAGAAUGAUAACAUCUAUGAUUGGGAUGUGGGUCUUUACAUCGAUAAUUCUGAUUCUAAAUACAAUGGAGCUUUUCUGAGAGGUAAGAUGCAGUUUCCUCGAAACUAUCCAUUUGCCCCUCCUACCUUCAGGUUUACUCCAGCCAUUUUCCAUCCAAAUGUUUACACGGAUGGGCGUCUAUGCAUAUCCAUUUUGCAUAGGGCUGGCGAUAUCUAUAAUGAUGAACCAUCAAAUGAAACCUGGAGUCCAGCACAGUGUGUGGAGUCCAUCCUUAUCUCCAUACUUUCAGUUUUAGAUGAUCCUAAUAUAAAUUCGCCAGCCAAUGUUGAUGCGGCAAAACUUUUCAGAGAUGACAGGGAGGCCUAUUAUCGUAAAGUUGCCAAAGAUGUUGCCAGAUCAAAAGAGGAUAUACCCGCGGAUUUCAAUAUACCAGAUCCAUCCACAAAGAAGUUGGAGGAUGAAUAUGAAGAUGAAUGGUUCUAUGAUGAGGAUGACGACGAUGACGACGACGAUGAUGACGAUGACGAUGAUCAAAGCUUAUAUGAUGAUGAUGUGGAAAUGAGUGAAGAUUACGGUGAUACUGAGGGUGGAAAAAAAUAG